AUGAGCUCCAGCACUCAGGCAGCCGCCCCUCAAGCUCGAAGCAGACGAUUCUCUGAUGCCGACCAGGCUGCCAUCGCAGUCGGGCGCUUGUUCGUGUCGGACAAGCAUGCCAUGGCCGAGCAGACCCAGGAAGGACCAGAUCCGACAGCAUCAACUCCUCUGCCUCCGCCGCACGCGUGCUUGGCAGCGGAGUGUGCCAUCACAAAAGUCUUGGAGACCACAGAACUGUUAGAGCUCAUUCUCAGCUGCCUGGGUACAGCCGAUGUCCAUGGUGUUCGUCUGAUCAACAGGAAAUGGGAUGAGAUCACAAGAACAUCGCCUCUACUCAGACUGCAUAACUUUGUCAAUCCACAAUGGAAACGUCACCCCCAGGACUAA